AUAUGUGGCUGCCGCUUAUCUUUAUUGUUUGUCUCGUCGGCGUGAGUGGAUCAGUGGGUGGUGAGGGAAAGCUGCCGGUGGAACAGGCCUUUGUACCCCGAUAUACUCCGGUGGUGGAGGGAAAGCGACAGGAUCUGGAUUUACCCGCCGAAGGAAGUCUCGACCAGCAGCAGAGACCUCCGGUGGUGGACAAGAAACCCUGGCGACGUGUGGAGUACGGCUACGAUGGACUUCCCUCGGCUUCCUGGGCUGCUCCCUCAGCUCCAGGUGCCAUCCUUUCCAUACUGAAUCCCCUGCUGGCACCCGGAUUGCUUCUUCUGGGUGUUAAUUUAGGAGCACUGCUCUACAUGCUGCUAGGUCUCUUGGGUCUCGCUCCCCAUCGAAGUGGCCCCACUAGCCGGGUGGCCCCGCAUCCGGAUGCCAAUCCACAUUCCUGGCCCGACGAUCACAUCUUCUACCGCCGAAACAGACACAAUCUGGAUGAGGGCAAGGAAACGGCUGUAUAUUUCUAGAUAUAGCGCGUAACGCAAGACUUUCUUUCAACUUAUAAAACGUAUAAAAAGAACAUAUAUAAAUAAAUUCAAGGGUUAAGUUAUGGGUCAAAAGAA